CAAAGACUGACUGACUUUGAGCUCAUAUCAUCAAAGUGUUUUAUAAGUUUUUAGUUUAGUAAGAAACUCAUUUAAGAAUAGUGUAGUUUCUGUAGGAAGAUUAAGAUGUUUGCUGAGUUGGGGAUCCUUCUCUACGUUUCCAGGCUUGCUGUAGCUGAGGUGGUGGAGGUUUAUGAGGAAGUGGAGUCUGUCCUGCUGCCUUGUCGAUACUUUGGUUUGAUACCUGAGAAAAAUCCCACAGUGAUCUGGAGCCGCUAUGACCUCAAUCCAACAAUUGUCCACCUGAGAAGAGAAUAUGAAGAUGAUCUUCAAGGGCAAAACCAGCAUUAUAGCAUGCAAACAUCAAUGAAGCCUGAUGCUCUAUAUACUGGAGACUUCAGCCUCACUCUUAGAAAACCCCAACUCACUGACAGUGGGUACUACACAUGCUCCAUCAGUGAUGGAAGAAGAGAAGAAAGACUGAGCGACAUCCAGCUGCAGGUCAAAGAAAGAUUUCCAGCCUGGGCCAAAACUCUUCUAGUUCUUCUGAUUGUUGUUCUUGUCCUUUCUGGGAGUCUUUUAUAUAAAUUUCGGCACUAUUUCAUGUCAGUGUACCAGGUGGAGGUGGAUUUAGGGGUUGAAUCUGUCCAGCUGCCCUGCAAGACCAUCGUUCACUUACCUAGAGAUGUUAUGGUUAAGUGGAAGAACAGUGAAACCAGGAUUGUGCAUGCAUAUGAGACUGGCUAUGACUGUCCUGAAGAACAGCACUGGCUUUACAAAGACCAAACUGAGAUGAAGAAAAAGAAUCUGAAAACUGGAGACCUCACUCUGACCCUGAAGACUCCCACAGACUCAGAUACAUACACCUGCACUGCCUACAGCAGGGAGGGAAACAUUCUGAUACAGAAACAAGUGCAACUCCGUGUCAGAGGUGGAUACAGCUUAAAGAUCAAAGCUGGUCCAGCUUCUGCAAUAAAUUACUUGUUCAUCAUAGCCAUAGACUUUGGCACCACAUACAGUGGAUAUGCCUUCAGUUUGACACCCAGAGAGGCAGAAAUUGAUCCCUUUUUGAAGAGGUGGGGUAAAAAGUUCGGACUGGACACUCCAAAGACUCCAACCUGCAUUCUGUUUAAUGAAGACAAAGAAUUUAUCGAGUUUGGUUAUGAAGCUAAAGCAGUGUAUAUCCGCAUGCACAGAGAAGAAGCAAAGAAACACUACUUCUUUGAAAACUUCAAGAUGGCACUCAAUGGAAAAAAACUCAGCAGAGAUGUGGUGAUUACAGCUGCAAACAGGAAGUCAAUGAAGGCCUUGAAGGUGUUCACAGAAGCUCUGAGAUACCUGAAGGACGACGCUCUGAGAACUAUCAAUGUUAACACAGAAGGGAGGAAGUUCACAGCCUCUGACUUCACCUGGGUGCUGACUGUACCUGCCAUCUGGGAUCCUUCAGCAAAGCAGUUCAUGAGAGAAGCUGCGACUCAGGCAGGAAUCAUUACAGAAGGAACUCAGCACCAGCUGAUCAUGGCACUGGAACCAGAGGCAGCCUCAGUCUGGUGUAAGAAGCUGCCAGCUGAUGGCUUCAUCACUCAGAACCAUGAUGGAGGACCAUUGGAUCAGUCUCCAGGAACACAGUUAAUGGUGGUGGACUGUGGAGGUGGAACCAUUGACAUCACUGUUCAUGAAGUCCUGUAUGGAGGAGCCCUGAAGGAGCUGCACAAGUCCUCAGGAAAUGAUUUGGGGGGACAAGCUGUGGACAGGAAAUUCAAAGAGUUCCUCAGAGAAAUCUUCAGUCAUGGCGUCUGGGAUGAAUAUGAAGAAAACUUUCCCAGUGAGGUUCAGAGGAUAAUGUAUGAUUUUCUGUAUUUCAAACAGGUAGUUGAUGAUGUUCAGAUUACAUGUCCAUUUAACCUGGGAAUACUGGCUCAGAAAAAGCAGGAAAUAGAAAAGUUCUUUGAGUCAGUGCGAGGUGUUUCCUGGGAUGAAGGAUCCAUCAUAAUCUCCAAAGAGAGACUGAGGUCUUUCUUUGCUGAGAGUCUGAAGGGCAUCACUAACAGCCUCAGAGAAAUCCUGAAGAAAGAUCUAAACAUCGAGUACAUUCUGUUAGUGGGGGGCUAUGCUGAAAGCCAGAUUCUGCGUCAUCAUGUUAUUGCUCAGUUUGGUGAUCAGUGUAAAGUUCUGUGUCCUUUUAGGCCCCAGGAAGCGAUCAUAAAGGGAGCUGUGAUGUUUGGAAGAAACCCAGGGCUGGUGACAUCUCGAAAAUCUGCCUUUACUUACGGGUUUGCUGUGGCUGAGAGUUUCCAACACAGAGCAGCCAAGAAAUUCAGAGUUUCUGGGGAAAAAAAUUGUUGUGAUAUUUUCAGGAAACUUGUAGAAGAAGGUGAAGAUGUUGGCUGGGAUGAAACCAGAGAGUUCAUCUUAAAUCCAUCAGAAGCAAAUCUGACAAGCAUGAAAAUCAGUCUUUAUCGUACAGAGAGAAAAAAUCCAAAGUAUGUGGAUGAAGUGGGAGUGGAGGAAAUUUGUUCGCUCCAUGUUGACAUGCCUGAUACUUCAGGAGGAAUCAAUCGGAAAGUCAAACUAGAGUUCAAGUUUGGCUCAACAGAGGUGACAUUCACAGCCACUGAUUUGGUUUCUGGGUCCAAAGCAUCAGUAGCGCUCGAUUUCAUGACCAAAUAAAAAGAUGUUUUA